AUGGACAAUAACUUUGGCCAACAGACCUUGCCUGUGCACACGAGGCCGGCUUGGUCAGUGGCCGAUCCGAUCCACCCGGGCUCCGUCUCCGCUCAGAGCUAUCCGAGUGCACAUCCCCCAACUGCACCGUCCGUCCCAGCUCCGCAAGCUCUUCCAGCUCCAGCUCCAGCUCCAGCUCUUACCAAUGCUCCAAAUAAUACUCCAGCUGCACCGAAUCGCAAUGCAUCCAAGGUCCGCAAGCCCCGCAAAAAUGGCAACGCCUCUGCGGGGAAAUCAACGUUAUUCUGGGUCAACAGUGACCCGCAGACCGCGGCAGAAGGCACAAAGGAAGAGACCCUGAAGAGAAUUCGCUCUCAUGUCAUGUCCGAACACAAUCGUAAAAAGCGAAUCGAGAGCACGAAGCAGUACAAUAAAAACAAAUGGAAGCAUUCGCCCUAUGAGCUACCCGUCACGGAGUCUGGUCCACUUGUGCCGGUUGGGCCUGCGCCUGCGCCUUCGAUAAUCACCCCACCUGCGAGCUUGGCAAACAGCCGAAUAUCAGAGGAGCAAGAUGCGGACGUCGAAGAAGUUGUACCUACAUACACUACUGGCUACUCCGAGGUGUCGGCUCCUUCCUGGGAUGGCAGUGGGUUUGACGGCGCCGUGGCUUACCCACACACACAGUCUGUGUGGUCUUAUGUUGGACAAGGAGCCAACGACCCCUUUAACACAGGACACACACAACUUACAGAUAGAAUGAUGCGACACUUACGAGUCUUUCUUUGGGAUCUCACACAGCAAGCGCACCCACUGCAGACACGAUAUAAGCCGAAACUGCAAGCACACUGGGCGUCGCUUAUUCAACGUGACCCGGCAAUAUUGCACGCGACUGUGUGCAUGGCAUCGUCCAACGAUGCGAUGCAUGCAGGCGAGCUGCCCAUUCGAGAUCCCAAUCAGAAGCGAAGUCAAUUGGUGAUUGAUGUGUUUCACCACCGUGGUGAGACCAUUCGCUUGGUGAACGAGGGCCUAUCAGAUCCCGUAAAGGCAUCUAGUGAUGUCUUGAUCGCUGCAGUUUCCACUCUAUUAACGAUAGAAAUCGCAUCGGGCAAUCCUGAUUACCUCAAAAUCCACCUGGCAGGACUGCGCCAGAUGAUCGCACUGCGAAAGGGCUUUGACGAUGUCCCCUCGGAUGUCCGGUUCCAGAUCUCAUGGACUGAUAUUCGGGUUGCUUGUAUGGCACACGCAAAGCCCAUCUUCCCCUUCGUCCGCUAUAACCGUCCAGUACGACUAUCUAUCAUCCCGCCAACCGACGACGUAGCAUUGCUUUCUACCCGCCUCUUCCCGUUACUCAAGAUACCCGGCAUCUUCGGCGAAGCCAUGCCCCAAAUUGUAUAUGAUCUCCUCGAGCUAUCCUGGUAUGCCGAAUGGAUCAAAGGUAAUACCGGGUACAAAGAGUUCAACGAAGAAACGGAGGACUACUUCAACACUGAAGUCUUGCAUGUAGAGUACCAGCUACAUUCGGAUCGAUACACACCGACAGGCCAAGUGAAGGGCGACAACUCCAUCGAGGGAUGCACCCGACUUGCCUUAUUGCUCUUCCACAACAGCGCCAUUUGGAACUUCUACCCGAUGGUCGCACAGUUACUCCCCAAGCCCAUUCUGGCCUUGCGCACCGCUCUCGCAGCUACCAUUCCCACUGGUCUAUUUGCGCUGUGCCGUGACUUACUCUUUUGGAUGCUCUUCAUGGGCGCAGCCUGCAGUGCAACUCUGCCCUCAGAGCGAGUCUUUUUCGUAUCUGAACUGGCUACUGCAGCGCAACUGCAGGGAAUUGCUUCGUGGCAGGAGGCCCGCUCUAUCUUGUUGGGAUUUUUCUAUGUCGAUCGCAUUCACCUGCCUAUGCUUCGUCAGAUCUGGGACGAGACUCGGUUGCAAUUGGACCACUCUGCCGUGUGA